AUGGCCAAUCUCCCCGUCCCCAAAAAAAACGAAAAUUUUUCAAAUAUCCCAUUGUCAACAAUUUCAAUUACUGAAAUAAAAUCCAAAGAUAUUAUCAAUGACCUACAAGCUCAAUCAGACAAAUUAAGAGAUGGAUUUUCAAAUAUAAAAAAAGGACUUGGAGUUGAAAAAAACUUUAAUAUAUUCCCCAGCAACACCACAUUCUCAGAAAAAGUACUUUUCGCCAACAAUUUAAUUUAUUUAUUAAAAUUAACUUGGAAUUCGUUGGCAAAAUUACAACAUUAUCAAAGUGACACUAAUCCAUUAUUUUCAAUUGAUAAUGAUAAUAAUAAUAAUAAUAAUAAUAAUAAUAAUAAUAAUAAUAAUAAUAAUAAUAAUAAUAAUAAUAAUGGUAAUGAUGAAACCUCUAUCUCUUGCCAAUAUCUUUCAAUGUUUGAAGAUUUAGAUAAUUUAAAUCCAACUAAAGAAAAUAUGAUUUUAUUUACAAAUAAAUUAAAAGAAACUUUAAAUAAGUUCAUUCCAAAGAAUCCAAUCAACUAUAAAAUUAUUAUCGACCAUCUCACUACUAUGGAUGAUAUUAAUGCUGCAAAGACCCUCCCACCAGUUCCAAAUACAAGUUUACAUGAAUUCGAUCAACAAUACCAUAUCAUUGCAUUCGAUCAAUCACUUAGAGUUUACUAUAACAAUAUGUUUUAUUCAAAAUUAUUAGGAUUAAAUCAAUUUGAUAUUAAAAAUAGUUUCAACUCUUUUAAAUUAACAUCACUUCAACAAUCAAUCACAAAUUCCUUAAAAUGGUUAGAAUCAGAAUUCAAUCAAAUUAAUUUAAAUAAUAGUUUUAAUCAAAAAAAUUUAUUGGGUAUUUCAAUUUGUAAUAAUUUGGGUAGAGAGUUAAUUAACUUAAAUGGACCUAAUAAAACUCAAUCAAAUAAUAUUAAUAAUAAUAAUAAUAAUAAUAAUAAUAAUAAUAAUAAUAAUAAUAAUAAUAAUAAUAAUAAUAAUAAUAAUAAUAAUAAUAAUAAUAAUAAUGAUGGUGAUAAUAAUAAUAAUAGAUCAAUUACAUCACAAAUACAAACACCACCAACAACACCACAAAAGCAAACUAUACCAACAACACCAACAACACCAACAACACCAACAACACCACAAACAAGACCUAGAACACCACCAACAACACCACAAACUAGAUCUAGAACAACACCACCAACACCACCAACACCACCACAAACUAGAUCUAGAACACCACCAACAACACCACCACCACAAACUAGAUCUAGAACACCACCAACAACACCACCACCACAAACUAGAUCAAAAACAGCAACAAUAACAACAACAACAACAACAACAACAACCACUAAAACACCACCAACAACACCACAAAAACAAACACCAACCCCACAAAAACAAACACCACCAACCCCACAAAAACAAACACCACCAACAACACCACAAAAACAAAAAGCACCAACAACACCACAAAAACAAAAAGCACCAACAACACCACAAAAACAAAUAGCACCAACAACACCACAAAAACAAAUAGCACCAACAACACCACAAAAACAAACAGCACCAACAACACCACAAAAACAAACAGCACCAACAACACCACAAAAACAAACACCACAAAGAAAAACACCUAGAAAAAAGAAAACUCCACUAAGACCAAUAAUAAAAAAGAAAACUUUGGCAGAAAUUAUGGAAACAGAGAGACCAAAAUUUGGUGAAACUGAAGAUGACUUAAUUCAAAAUAUACAACACACUGAAAGACCACCAUCAUUAUCUUUAUCACUUCAAGGUAAACAAUUACCAAUUCCAUUUAAUUUAGAUGAAGAAACUUUAAGUAUUACUAGUAAACUUUCAAAUUAUUCCUUAAAAUCACCAAAUAGAAAUAAUUCAAAUAAUUCAAAUAAUAAUAAAAUAGAUAAAUCAAAUGAUACAAUUAAUAAUAAUAAUAAUACAAAUAAUAUAAAUAAUAUAAAUGAUAAAAAUAAUAAGAGUAAUAGUAAUAUUAAAAAAGUUGAUAGUAAACCAUUAAAUAAGAGUGGUGAUAUUAGAAGCUUUUUCUCAAAAGUGAAUAAAGAUAGUUUAAUUAGUAGUGCAUCUAAUGAUAGUGACGAUGAAAUUCAACUUGUUAAUAUUAAAAGUCCAAAUAAAAAGAGAACAAGAAGAUCAGCUUUAUUUGAUGAUGAUGAUGAUGAUGAUGAUAAUAAUAAUAAUUUAAAUGAUAUUGAUAAAAGCACAAAUGGCUUACUUGAAGUGAAGAGUGAAGAUAGUGUAGAAAUUUUAAAUAAACCAUCAAGUGGUAUUAUUACUAGAUCAAGAAUCAAUCAAAACUUAGAUGAGUUUAUGGAGAAAACUAAAGAAAUUUCACCAUCUCCUUCACCUAAAGCAAGUCCAAGUAAAGUUUCCAAAUCUCCAACAAAAUCAGUUAAACCAUUUGAAUUACCAAAACCAAAUACUACUACUACAACCACCACAACUUCAAAUAAUAAAUCACCAAAGAAAAAGACAACAACCACUACAACUACAACUAGUAAUUCAAAUAUAAAAGGAUCAACACCAACUACUCCAAGUAAGAAAUUAAGAAAUAGUUACGAGGAUGAUGAUGAUGAUUAUAAUGAAGAAGAUGAUUUUUAUUUUGAAGAUAGAUUUGAUAAUAUAAAUGAUGAAGCAAUAGCAUCAGCAUUGGCAGAGGAUGAAUUAGAAGAAGAGUUUUAUCUUUCAAAUUUCGAAGAUAAUAGUGAAAAUAGCGAAGAUGAAGAUAUGGAAGAUAUUGAUCUUUCAGUAUUCAAUCCAAAAGAUGGUAUACUUAACCUUCCACAACCAAAGAAAACAACAACUACAACAACUACAACAACAACAACAACAACAACAACAACAGGAUCAAUGAAUAGAUUUAGUUUUAAUGGUAUGGCUGGUGGUGCAGAUGAUGAUGAUGACGACGACGAUGAUUAUAAUGAUGACGAUGAUGAUGAGUAUCAAGGACCACGUGAUAUUUCAGAACCGCAUGUUGAAUUGAAUUCAAAAGAUUCUAAAAAAUCUGAAAAAGAAGAUCAUCUAUUCAAUAUUCAUAAUAACUUUAUAGAUGAAUAUCAAAAGAUUCUCGCUGAUGAACGUUUCUUUUCAAAGGAUGACAAUAAUAAUAAUAAUAAUAUCAAUAGUAGUAAAAUCAAAGCACUAGCAGAGAUUAAAACCCAAGUAGCACCAAAGAAAGGUGGAAAAUGUAAUUUUAUGAACAACAAUAGAGUAAAUCCAGUUCCUCAUAGAACACUUGAUGAAUUAAGAAAGAGAACAAGAAUUCAAAGAGGUCAAACAGGUGAAGAUUUAUACAGAGAAUUAGAGAAUGAGAAAAACAAAACUCAUGACAGUGAUGAUAGUGACGACAGUGACGACGAUAGUGACGAUGACCAAGUGGAUGACAAUGAUAGUGAAUUCAAUGUUAAAGUUGUAAAUGAUAAUAGAUACUAUGACAGAAUCACAGCCAUUGGUAAUAAUGCAGCUGUUGCACCAGCACCACCAAAAGAUCCAGUGGUGGUACCACAUCAAAAAGGUAAGAGAGUCAAUUAUUACAAGAGAAUUACAAUCACUCCUCCUGGUCAACCAAUGUCAAUCAUGGAGAUGAAAGCUCUCAAAUAUAUCGAGACUAGAAGAAAAGCAAUAGCAUUUGCAAGAAAGAAGAACCAAGAAUUGAUCAAUACACCAUUCUUCACCAAUAUAACACAAGAGAAUCCAGGUAGAUACAAUGCAUUCGGUAUCAAUGAAUAUCAACUCAGAAGAUUGGAUUACUAUUGGGAAGUACUUCAAAGAAAUGGUCUAUUCACUCAUGAAUCUUUCCGUUAUAUUGCAAAUGAAUUGGGACUCAAAUUUGAAACCAUUCAAACCUGUCUCAAGAGUAGACGUGCAACUUAUGCUGCUCAUAUCAACGAAUUUCGUAUUAAUCAUAAACCAAUCACUUUAAUGAGAAAAGAUCAAUUGGUUCAUGAAAUUCAAAAAAGAGGUGGUAUUGCUUAUAUCUGUAUUCCAAAAUAUACACUUCUCGAUAGAUUAAGAGAUCUUUUAAAAAGAAAUAUUAAUGCUGGCUCAACAAAUGUAACUUUAAAUAAUAGAUUAGUUGCUGAAUACACUCUUUGA